AUGAAGUUUCAGAGAAGAUGAAGGUUCCCUCCAUCUGCCAGGGCAUCAGAGCCAGCUCCCCUCUGCCUGGAUUUCUUGUUUUCUUCCUGACUUGUUAUGUUCUCAGCAUGGAAUCAGCACAAUUUACAUUGGUGGGACCUGACCGGCCUGUCACGGCCGUGGUGGGGGAGGACAUCAUGUUACCCUGUCACCUGGCCCCCAGGAUGAGCGCUGAGAACAUGGAGAUGACUUGGUUCCGGUCCAAGCUCUUCCCAUUUGUCCAUCGCUAUAGCGAUGGAAAGGACCAGUAUGGAGAGCAAAUGCCAGAAUACCAGCGGAGGACACAGCUCUUGAAAGGUGGUCUGACCCAGGGGAAUGUUACUUUGAAAAUUCUCCAUGUCAGAGUCUCAGAUGAAGGGCGGUACAGCUGCUUUGUUCAAGAUGGUAAUUCUUUUGAAGAAGCCAUCCUGGAACUGCAGGUGUCAGCUUCAGGCUCUGCUCCUCAUCUGUCGAUUGAGGAUUACCAGGAUGGAGGGAUCCGAGUGGUAUGUCGGUCGCCUGGGUGGUACCCGGAGCCCGAGGUGAUAUGGAGAGACCUCAGUGGACAGGCUUUUCCUUCAGCCUCUCACACAAAUUCCCGUGAAGCCAAUGGACUGUAUGAAACACAAACUUCUGCCAUUAUAAUGGAAAAUUCAAGUCGGAACUUGUCCUGCUUGGUCAGGAACACCCGCCUCAGCCAAAAAAAGGAAUCAACAUUAUGUUUUAUAUCAGGUCAGUGACCAUCAAAAACCACACACUGAGCAGCGACAGAACAAAAGACAACAACCUCCUGAUCAGAUUAAAUACAGCAUCUAUUUAAAACAAACUUACAAACAGAAAUCUCCAUGAAACCUAGUUAGCUAAUGGUGUCACUGUUUUUGUGCAUAUAGAUAAUUUAAGUCUUGUCUAUACUAAGAAGAUUU